AUGUUCUUCCCAUGGUGCCUAACUCUUUCUCUCACUGUACUCAUUUGCUCUGUGAAUCUUGGCUACGCCGCCACUUUGGUCACCGAUGAAGUGGAAGCACUUAAGCAAAUUGCAAAGACAUUAGGUAAGAAGAAUUGGAAUUUUAAUGUGGAUCCAUGCAGACAUGAUGAACCGAGUUGGUUCACCCAUACCGAGGAUAUUCGGGUGAAUCAAGUGAAUCAAGUUGAAUGUGAUUGCUCUUUCUAUAAUAACACCACUUGUCACGUUGCUCGCAUUAUUCUAAAGCGGCAGAGUCUUGGUGGGAAAGUCCCUCCAGAGCUGUUUAGACUCCCUUACCUCAUAGAAAUUGAUCUCACUCGCAACUACCUUAACGGCACUAUCCCUCGAGAAUGGGGUACCAUGCAACGACUUGCACGCAUUUCCCUACUGGGAAAUCGUGUAACUGGUGGAUUACCAAUCGAACUUGCCAACAUCAGCACUCUCUUAAAUCUAACCCUAGACUACAAUCAAUUGUCGGGAAAUAUUCCUCCGCAGUUUGGGGAUUUUUCAAGUCUAGAGAAAUUAUCUCUAAUAUCAAACAAUUUAACUGGGGAAUUGCCUCAAUCUCUAGCGAAGUUGACUACAAUGAAGGACUUCCGUAUAAGUGACAACAACUUCAGUGGAAACAUACCCAAUUUUAUCGAGAGCUGGACAAGUCUUCGAAGAUUAGAGAUUCAGGGUAGUGGUCUGAGUGGGCCUAUCCCUUAUGGUAUUGCAUCCAUGGCCAAUUUAUCUCAGUUGAGAAUCAGUGACUUGAAAGGCAAUGAAUCAACUUUUCCACUUCUGAGAAACAAUAGCAACUUCAAGAAUAUGUGA